CUGUGCAUGUGGAUGAGGAGACUUGGGAGGUGCUUGAGUCCUCUCAUCCACAUCUAACCACCCAAUGCAGUAAAAGCACAAGAACACUAAUGGAAACCAGGAGGACACAAUGCAGCAGCAGCAGCAGCAGAGAGUGUGAGAGCCAGGGAGACCCCAGCAGCACAAGCCCCUCACAAUGAGGACAUCUCUCUGAUAGUCACCCUCUCAGGAUUGUGCCAGCCAUGCAGAGCUCAGAGUGCUGGAUAUGCUGCCUGGUCGGAGCCCUGUAUCUGGUCCUUGCCAGCUCCCAGGCAGACACAUGGCUGACGGAGAUGCAUAGGAAGAAAAAUAAUGGGUUCCUGGGCAGGGAAGACAUUGUUCCCUUGCGGCUGAUCUACAGUAGUGAACAGGACAACCAGACUACACAUGGAUUGCUCAACACACGGGUCAGAAUGGGCAGCAGUCAGGAAGAGUCCGCCCACAUUGCACAAGUCAGCUUCCAAAUAGAUGCGUUUGGGUCUUCGUUUAUCUUGGAUGUUGAACUAAACCAUGACCUGCUGUCUUCGGACUAUGUGGAAAGACAUAUUACAAAAGACGGAAGCACAGUAGAAAUCAAAGGUGGUGAACAUUGUUACUACCAGGGGCAAAUCAGAGGAAAGCCAAAAUCUUUUGUGGCUCUGUCAACCUGUCAUGGACUUCAUGGGAUGUUCUGUGAUGGGAACCAGACAUAUCUCAUUGAACCAGGAGAGAAAUACAAACCAAACGAGGAUUAUCAAUUACAUUCUGUUUACAAAUCCAAAGUGCUGGAAUUUCCUCUGGAUGAGCUGCCGUCAGAGUUCUGGUCACUAAAUGAGACGUCGGUGAAGCUUAGUCAGACACCAGGACCUCGGAGAAAAAAGAGAAACGUUCAGUGGAUACCAAAUAAUGUCAUGGAUGAGACGAAAUAUGUGGAACUUAUGAUUGUCAAUGAUCACCUAAUGUAUAAGAAGCAUCGCUUAUCUGUCGGACAAACGAACAGCUAUGCCAAAUCUGUGGUGAACGUGGCAGAUUUAAUAUAUAAAGAACAGCUGAACACAAGAAUAGUGUUAGUCGCUAUGGAAACCUGGGCGAACGACAAUAAAUUCAGCAUUUAUGAAAACCCCCUGAAGACGCUGAAGGAAUUUAUGAAAUACAGAAGGGAUUUCAUCAAAGACAAAAGUGACGUCGUCCACCUCUUUUCGGGAAGCCAGUUUGAAAGCAGCAGGAGUGGUGCAGCGUACAUUGGUGGAGUAUGUUCACUGCAGAAAGGAGGCGGCGUAAAUGAGUUUGGAAGGACGGAUGUCAUGGCUAUCACGCUGGCACAGUCCCUGGCUCAUAAUUUAGGCAUUUUCUCUGAUAAAAAGAAACUGCGGAGAGGUGAGUGUAUAUGUGAAGAUAAAUGGUUUGGAUGCAUCAUGGAAGACAUCGGCUAUUAUCUCCCCAACAAGUUCUCGUCCUGUGACGUCGAGGAAUACCACGAUUUUCUGAACAGCGGCGGCGGAGCGUGUCUGUUCAAUAAACCUUUAAAGCUCCUGGAUCCCCCUGAGUGCGGCAAUGGAUUUGUUGAAGUUGGGGAAGAAUGUGACUGCGGCACUGCAGCGGAGUGUGCAGCGGAAGGAGGGGAUUGUUGCAGGAAAUGCAUGCUGACUGAGGGGUCACAGUGCAGCGAUGGGUUGUGUUGUUCCAAAUGCCAGUUUAUUGAAAAAGGAGUGUAUUGUCGGGGCGCCGUGAACGACUGUGAUAUACCAGAAGUGUGUACGGGAAAUUCAAGCCAGUGCCCUACAAAUAUACAUAAAUUGGAUGGAUAUCCUUGUGAAGACCGAGAGAUUUUGUCAUCAUAUCAGGGUCUAUGUUCUGGUGGAAUAUGUAAAACCAGAGACAGGCAGUGCAAAUACAUCUGGGGUGAGAAAGCAGCAGCUGCAGACAAAUACUGCUAUGAUAAGCUGAAUAUAGAAGGCACCGAAAAAGGCAACUGUCGCCGCAAUAAGGACACCUGGAUACAAUGCAGCAAACAGGACGUCCUUUGUGGUUAUCUUUUGUGCACCAACAUUUCUGGAGUGCCAAGACUUGGAGAACUGGUUGACUCCAUUACUAUGUCAUCUGUCCAAAAUCAAGGGAAAUUAUUAAACUGCAGCGGUGGACAUGUAAAGCUGGAUGAGGAAACUGAUCUCGGAUAUGUAGGAGAUGGCACACCGUGCGGAGAGCAAAUGAUGUGUCUGGAUCAAAGAUGCCUUCCGGUGGAUCCCUUUAAUUUCAGUUCUUGCCUCGGAAGCACAAAAAAGAUCUGUUCUGGGCACGGUAUCUGCAGCAACGAACUGAAGUGCGUCUGUGAUGAAGACUACAGCGGAGACGACUGCAGCGCUUAUUUCCCUUUCCAGGAGAAAAAAGAAGUAAAACCCAAUGACGGGAUUGUUAGUACAAACAUUAUCAUAGGCGCUAUUACUGGUACCAUGCUAGUGUUGGUCUUGGUCUUAGGAAUUACAGCUUGGGGUUACAAAAACUACCGGAGAGAAAGACAAAUACCCCAGGGAGAUUAUGUAAAAAAGGCUGGAGAUGUCGACUCCUUUUAUAGCGACUUGCCUCCCGGAGUCAGCUCAAACUCAGGAUCUAGUUCUAAGAAGAGGUCUGCUAUUCUGUCGCAUUUUCAGAUUUCUGCCUGUUCCAUCCCACAUUAUUCCAUUAGUCAGAACAUUUCAUUAUUUUGCAGAAGGUCCAAUGGGCUGUCUCACUCAUGGAGCGAAAGAAUCCCGGACACUAAACACGGCUCCGAUGUUUGCGAAAACGGACGACCAAGGAGUAACUCCUGGCAAGGUAACAUAAGCAGCAGCAGGAAAAAACUAAGAGGAAAGAGAUUCAGACCACGAUCCAAUUCUACCGAGUAUUUUAACCCCUGGUACAAAAAAGAACAUUAUGUAGCUAUAUGGGUAGAAGAUGUGAAUAAAAACACAGACGGACCGUACAUUAGAACGCUGUCACCUGCCAAGUCUCCAUCCUCAUCUACAGGAUCCAUUGCUUCUAGCAGAAAAUACCCGUACCCGAUGCCGCCUCUUCCCGAUGAGGAGAAGAAACCAAGCAGACAGAGUGCACGGCUGUGGGAAACAUCCAUCUAGAUGAAGAAUGUUUUUUUUUUCUUGGCGGUGGAAUCCGAAGCGUUAACACUGUACUCAUCGACCAAUACUGACGGACCAUUGUUGUUUACAGAGACCUUUGCCUUCCUGAAGAGGCUCUCACUACCGAUAAUACUUUCCCAUUCCGGAAAGGGUGGAAGAAAUAGACUUAAAUCCUGAUUCGAAAGAGGGAAUUAAAGCCCAACGUCAAUGGUCUCAGCAAAAGGGGCGGCGGCAGGGAGGCGUCUUAUGCAUGAUAGAUAUCAUUUUCCCACAGCAGGUAUAAAUUCUCAUAUCUGCCGAACAAGAGGUCUAAAAUUUCGCCUAGCGCAUAAAACCAUCUAUUGUUUAACCACCAAGAGUCCACGGAAAAAAAAAAAAAAAAAAACAUUUCCACGCACGAUUGCUACCCCCCUAGUGGUCACUUCUGUUCGAUGCAUGCACAUAUGAAGUUUUCCACUUGCUAUAGAAAACAUUGUUCUGUAAGAGUACGCAUGGAACCAUAGAGGAUAAUAACGCUUUUUUUUUUUUUUUUAUUUAGAAAAAAAAAAGCCCAAAUUUUGCCUAAAUUACAACAUUUAUAAUCACUCGUUUUGUACAUAUGUACAUUUUAAAUUGUAAAAAGAAAAAAAAAAUUAUAAUAAUAGGUAUAAUUACAUGAUUUCAUGAGACGUGAGCACACUGUUAGUUUUACACCAGGACGGUCUGGAAAAUGAAAAAAAAAAAAAUUAAAAUAAUAAAAUAUAUCACAAUAAAUAGAGCACUGAUAUUGUAAGUAAAAGGCAACAAAUGCAUCUCCAACUGUGGUGGCCAAGGACCCCCCUUCCCCAGAGCAGAUUGAGAGCCCUAUAUAGACCGCUAUUUCCCAACC